AUGACGGGACGGGAGGGGGGAGAGGAGGGAGGGAUAAUCAAGCCGAAGAAGAAGGUGCCCCGACCCGAGGAGACCAAGAGCAAAAAGGAGCACGUCAAUGUUGUUAUCAUCGGCCAUGUCGAUGCCGGAAAAUCGACAAUUGGAGGACAAAUAAUGGCUUUAACUGGAAUGGUCGACAAGAGGACACUAGAGAAAUACGAAAAAGAAGCAAAGGAAAGGAGUAGAGAAUCGUGGUACCUUUCGUGGGCACUUGACACUAAUCAGGAAGAGCGAGAAAAAGGCAAGACAGUGGAGGUGGGACGUGCCUACUUUGAGACAGAUAAGAAGCACUUCACCAUUCUGGAUGCACCCGGCCACAAGAGUUUUGUGCCCAACAUGAUUGGAGGCACGGCACAAGCUGAUCUCGCCGUUCUCGUGAGUGAUUUCUCUCAUUGUUUAGUCAUAUUAAGGGCCAAGCCACACGAGGCACGUAGAACAGGGAGCUCACUCGAUGCACCAACCCAAUCGGCCAAUCGAGAGCUUGGUCCUUGUGCUGGCCGCACACUGAAAUGCGAAUGA